UCCCCAGGACAAAAACACCGUGACUUUCCCCUCCCUAGCUCCUUCCAAAAAACACUCACAAAAUUCCACAAGAGCCAUGCGAGGUAGAGGAACAGGAGAAGACGCAUACACACACGACACAUAGAGAGAGAGGACAAACACAAUAGCUUGGAUCGAUAGACUUGUCCAUGUGGUGCAAGCUAAAGCUACUACUACCACAAGCAAGGCUACUUCGUUCAUGAAUUAUAAUUUUGGUGGCAACGUGUUCGACCAGGAGGUUGGAGUUGGAGGCGAAGGAGGAGGAGGAGGAGAGGGGAGCGGCUGCCCAUGGGCGCGGCCGUGCGACGGGUGCCGCGCGGCGCCGAGCGUGGUGUACUGCCGCGCGGACGCGGCGUACCUGUGCGCGUCGUGCGACGCGCGGGUGCACGCGGCCAACCGCGUGGCGUCCCGCCACGAGCGCGUGCGGGUGUGCGAGGCCUGCGAGCGCGCCCCGGCCGCGCUCGCGUGCCGCGCCGACGCCGCCGCGCUGUGCGUGGCGUGCGACGUGCAGGUGCACUCCGCGAACCCGCUCCCGGCCAUCACCAUCCCGGCCACCUCCGUCCUCGCUGAGGCGGUGGUGGCCACCGCCACCGUCCUCGGCGACAAGGACGAGGAGGUGGACUCUUGGCUUCUCCUCUCCAAAGAUUCCGACAACAACAACAACAAUAACAACAACAACGACAACGACAAUAACGACAACAACAACAGCAACAGCAGCAACAACGGCAUGUAUUUUGGUGAAGUCGAUGAGUACUUUGAUCUUGUCGGGUACAAUUCGUACUACGACAACCGCAUCGAAAACAACCAAGAUCGGCAGUAUGGGAUGCAUGAACAGCAAGAGCAGCAGCAGCAGCAGCAGGAGAUGCAAAAGGAGUUUGCAGAGAAGGAAGGGAGCGAGUGUGUGGUACCUUCACAGAUCACAAUGCUGAGUGAGCAGCAGCAUAGUGGUUAUGGAGUUGUGGGAGCAGACCAGGCCGCCUCCAUGACCGCCGGCGUCAGUGCUUACACAGAUUCCAUCAGCAACAGCAUAUCUUUCUCAUCAAUGGAGGCGGGUAUAGUACCAGACAGCACGGUGAUAGAUAUGCCAAAUUCCAGAAUCCUGACACCUGCUGGAGCAAUCAAUCUCUUCUCAGGUCCCUCGCUUCAGAUGUCCCUUCACUUCAGCUCCAUGGACAGGGAGGCCAGGGUGCUCAGGUACAGGGAGAAGAAGAAGGCCAGGAAGUUUGAGAAGACAAUACGUUAUGAAACAAGAAAGGCGUAUGCAGAGGCACGACCCCGGAUCAAGGGCCGUUUCGCCAAGAGAUCAGAUGUGCAGAUCGAAGUGGACCAGAUGUUCUCCACUGCAGCUCUAUCUGACGGUAGCUAUGGUACUGUUCCAUGGUUCUGAUGGGACUCAUGAGACGCUAUCUUAUAGGCAUAUAUAUGGGGACUUACUGAGUAGCAAUAACAUCGAUCCAGUGGGAGUAGUUCUAGACAAUCUGUGUUAUGAAUAAUAGUGUGUUGUUUGCGACUUAAAAUUGAUCAAGUACCUUAGCUUUUUAAAGUUUUGCUUUGUAAUUUCCGGAUAGCAGAUAUAUAUUGUUGGUACUUGCUCAGUAGCUUUAAGUUUUUGAAGUAAGCAAAGAGCAGUGAUGAGAUGAAA